AUGGAUAUUUUAAGAUUACUUUCCCGGUCAACAAAGCAAACUGGUCAAAAUGGAUCGCAGAAAGUAGGAGGUGUCGCUUCGAAAUUACCUUCUAGUGGAAUAUCUGCGAAUCCUCAAUUGUACCACGAUCCUAUUCCCGAAUCGAGGGGCAAGAAAAGAAAGAGAGGAGGGCAGUCUAAGGAUCUUAAUACGACGGAACAAGGAGAUAAAGACCUCGACUUCUUCUCCUCUGAACCUGCAACACAGAAAUCCAAGAAAAACGCUUCCACAAACGAUGCGCCAAAGCCUGCGCAAUCAAAUCCGUCUUCAGAACCGGAGCCACUUCUAGAUGAGGGAGAAUGUCGACAGAUUUUGAAAUCGCAUCGAUUGAAGGUCACCCUUCUACCAGGUCCAAAACCGCAAAAGAAGAUCAAGAAGUCGAAAAAGUCCAAGUCCAGUGCUAAGGCUACAAGUUUGAAGGAGGAGAUCAAGCAGUUAUACCCACAACCGUUGAUGGCAUUUGAGGAUCUACGAGCUACAUACAAGAUAUCGGGCAGGUUAUCAGAGAAUCUGAAUGAUCAAGGAUACAAAAUUCCCACGGAAGUUCAAAUGGGGAGUUUACCAUUACUUUUGAAGCCUUCAGUUGCAUUAAGUGGUUCCCCGAUAGACACCGACGAGUUAUCGAGUACUCUGGAUUUACUAGCUGUUGCUCCUACUGGAAGUGGAAAGACCCUGGCUUUCUUGAUACCAGUUAUCAAUGAAAUAGUACAACGACGCAGAACUUCUGACAAGAAUCAUGAUCUGGAAGCUGUGAUAUUAGCACCUACGAAAGAGCUCGCAAGUCAGAUUGUUAAUGAGGGGAAGAAGCUUAGCGUUGGGACAGGAGUCAAGAUUCUGGGAAUGAAGAAAGGGAUGACGAUAGUACCAAGUGCAGACACCAAGGAAAAGGAGCAGCCAGACAACGAUGAAGACGAUAACGGAUCUGUUGAUAAAACUACUUCAGCUAGCCAGCCACUUACAAAGACAGAUAUACUGGUUACAACACCUUUGAUCUUCCUUCACGCAUUAUCCUUAGGAUCUUCAGAUAAUCAUGCUCCAUUGCCGACCGUCCGUACAUUGGUUUUUGAUGAAGCAGAUGUUCUGCUAGACCCACUGUUCAGAGAUCAGACAUUAGGCAUAUGGAACUCGUGUAUCAAUCCAGAUCUACGAGUCACUCUUUGGUCCGCAACAAUGGGCUCAAAUAUUGAAACACUUGCCUCGGCCACCAUUCAAGCCAGACAAGAAAGAUUAGGUCUUGAAAAAAGCUCAAAUCUUGUUCGUCUCGUGGUUGGACUAAAGGAUUCUGCCAUUCCCAAUAUCACGCAUCGUCUAAUUUAUACUGCAACGGAGCCCGGUAAACUAAUUGCUCUUCGACAAUUGCUUCGACCCACGGCAAAAACUACAGAUGGAGCAGAAUCUUUACGGCCACCAUUUCUCGUAUUUACACAAACGAUACCUCGAUCCAUCGCAUUACAUGCUGAGCUCCUGUAUGAUAUCCCUGCCGAAGCAGGCGGCUCUACCAGAAUCGCAGUACUGCAUUCGGAUCUUUCUGACUCGGUUCGAGACCAAGUCAUGACACGAUUUCGUAAUGGUGAGAUCUGGAUUUUGAUCACCACUGACAUUUUGUCACGAGGUGUCGAUUUUAAAGGCAUCAAUGGUGUAGUCAAUUAUGAUGUUCCAAAUUCUGGAGCAGCUUAUAUUCAUCGUGUAGGACGUACUGGACGAGCUGGCCGCGACGGCGGUAUUGCGGUAACUUUCUACACGAAAGAGGAUAUUCCCUACGUCAAGAAUGUUGCAAACAUUAUCGCGGCAUCUGAAAAACAAGCCGGGAAACCAGCAAGCGAAGCUAGCAUGCAAAAAUGGCUGUUAGAUGCACUACCAACGCCUAGCAAGGAUGAAAAGAAAAAACUGAAGAAAUAUGGUGUUGAGGCAAGAAGGGGAGGUUUAGGUCGUGGCAAAGAUGGAAAGGACUCGAAGGGAGAGAAGUCGAAGUCGAGGAUGCAGAUCAGUACGAAGAGUGGAUAUGAGAGGAAAUUGGAGAAUAAUAGAAAGGGAGCUAUUCAAGGGAGUAAGAGACGAAAGCAAGAAAACGUUGGAGGAGAUGGGGAAAAGGUGGAGGAUGAUGGAUGGGACGGCAUUGAUGAUUGA